AUGGUACCUUCAGCCUGCGAGACUGAGUUGCGCAAGGAGGUGCGAUGCAAUCGGAAAACUUGCAGAGCAACCGAGACUGAAAGGUGGAAAGAAUUGCAAAACUGUCGCUGUAUUCCCCGACGCAGGGUUGCCACACGCGUGUGUUGUUGCCCGCCAACUCAGGUGCAGCGCCGUUGCCUGCACAACGGUCGUGUUCUGGUCACCGAGCGGACAACAUAUGCCGCUGACGCUGGGCAACAACAAUGCGUCGCAUCGUUGCAAAGAGACACGCGUGAAAUAGUUUGCCAACGCCAAAAGCCACAGAUUCUGGCCCGGUAUUGUGACCGGAAGUCUUGUCGUCUCGUUCACCUGUUACGUCGUGUCGUUAAGCGCGGGUGUAACUGCCACCAGCAGACACGCCGGGACGUUCAGAAUCACCUUCGAUGUUGCUGUCGGCCGCCGAGGUUCCAACGCAAGUGCUUUCACAAAUAUGGGGUCGUACAGCGAGUCAGCUAUCGGUACAGUCUUUUCCAGGGCCAGUGUCUGACAAAGAAGUAUGUCGACCAGGACAAGAUUGUUUGCGAACCGGAGAGGAAGAUUGACGGGCCAUGUGAUUCCAAGGCGAAGCUCCGUUCAGUGAUUACAGUUCGAUUCGAGAGAAACGGUUGCGAGUGCGUGAGAAAGGUCUCGAAGAAAGAAGUCUUUUGUGGUGAGCCUGAUUGUUCAAUUAUGCUGAAGGAUCCAAGAGAAUCCAAUUAA